AUGUCGAUACGCUGGUCCCGUCGCCGCAUUCACCUGCUACUUGCAUCUCUGCUGACCACCGCUAUCUACUUCUGCUUCCAAAACUUGGCUCCCUCUUCACCUCCUUUAAAGACCGAAUCACGCUCUAGUCUUGGUGGUAAUGCCCAUGAUAUCAACGAUCACGAUACAGGCAGUGCGAAAUCACCUAUCGCGCUGGCCAAGCAUGACGAUGACACCGUCGAGAUGGUAGUAGCUAGCAUGAAGCGUGAAAACACCACAUGGCUUCACGAUUAUCUUCCGGGAUGGAAGAAGAAUAUUUACGUUGUGGAUGACCACAACGCUGAAUUAACCGUCCCAACGAAUAAAGGAAGGGAGGCUAUGGUGUUCUUAACGUAUAUAAUCGAUCGCUACGAUUCCCUUCCUGAGAAUGUUUUCUUCCACCACGCUGAAAGAUUCCAAUGGCAUAAUGACAACCCUGACUAUGAUGCGCUAACUCUCCUUCAACGGUUUCGUCUUGACCACCUCAAAGAAGAAGGCUACGCCAAUCUCCGCUGCGACUGGGCCUUGGGCUGCCCCUCGGCAAUUAGGCCUUUCGUCGAUGCAACUAAUACAGUACACGGUGAAGGUGUUACCUCGAAGCAUAUAUAUAAGCAAUCCUUUGAAGAGCUAUUUCCUGGCGAGGAGGUCCCAAAGACUGUUGCCGUUUCCUGCUGCUCCCAAUUUGCAGUACGGCGGAAGACUAUCCAAAACCGCUCGAGGGAAGAGUAUAUUCAUUAUCGCAAAUGGCUACUAGAUACCGAUCUUGAUGAUGGGCUUAGCGGGCGAGUGUUAGAGUAUGCGUGGCACAUAAUAUUUGGUAAGGAAGCUAUCCAUUGUCCUAAUGCUGGAACAUGUUACUGUAAGAUGUACGGACUGAAUGGCGUUGGUGGUGCUGGCGAAUUAAACGUUUAUGCAUAUAAGCGGACAUAUAUUGACAUUAAUGGAGUCUGCUUCGUCGUUAAGAUGUCUAUUGUAAAAUAG